AGCGCUCAACAACCCCAAGUCCGAUCUCUCGCCCUCUUCCCCUCACUCCGCGCGAUUGCCCUCCUCCGCCAAUCGGUCUCCCAUGGCUUCAAUCGCUGGGUUAUGUAGAGUGUCGGCGCGGGCUGCGCAGCAGCUCGGGAACAAUGGCGCACGGCGAGCAUUCCACGCUGGUCAGGCUUCGCUCGCAGCCCAGAACUUCAACAUGCCUGCGCUUUCUCCGACCAUGACCGAGGGCAAUAUCGCGACUUGGAAGAUCAAGGAAGGCGAUUCGUACGCCGCUGGAGAUGUUCUCCUCGAAAUCGAGACGGACAAGGCACAGAUGGACGUUGAGGCGCAGGAAGACGGCAUUCUGGCCAAGAUAAUACAAGGAGACAACUCGAAAGGAGUGCCAGUUGGCAAGAGGAUUGCCGUCACAGCAGAACCCGGCGACGACCUAAGCUCUCUUGAGAUCCCUGCUGAGGACAACUCGGCGCCCAAAAAGGCAGACGCUCCCAAGAAACAGCCAAAGGAAGAGUCCAAGCCAGUACCAAAGGAGGAGCGUACUUCUUCGCCGGCUCCAAAAUCCGAUGCGUCCAAGAAGACGUCUAGUGGAAAGGCUCAGAAGCAGACAUACCCUCUCUACCCCUCUGUACAGCACCUUAUGAAGGUGAAUGGACUACCAAAAGAGGAGGCAGACAAGAUUCCAGCCACAGGUCCUGGUGGCAGGCUGCUGAAGGGCGACGUGUUGGCGUACAUUGGCAAGGUCGAAAAGUCUUACCCUGCGCAAUCUGCAGAACGCUUUGAGAAACUUGGUCACCUGGACUUGUCCAACAUCAAGCCAGCAGCGAAGAAGGAGGCUCCUGCUCAGAAGCCUGUCGCUGAAGCUGCUCCAAUUGCUGAAGCACUUCCAGUUGAAGUUGCCCUUCCCAUCUCCCUCACAGCUGUGCUGGAGUGCCAGAAGCGCGUGAAAGAAUCAAUUGGCGUGUUCCUACCGCUGUCUACCUUCAUCGCUCGCGCUACAGAGCUUGCAAACGAGGAGCUGCCCAAGUCCACGACCGCGAAGCCCUCUGCUGACGAGCUUUUCAACGCUGUCCUUGGUCUGAAUAAGAUUGGAGGGAAGAACUCUUCGCGCGGCCACUUCGUUCCCCAAAUGAUCGCUCUGCCUCCUGCGACACUGCCUAGCACGCGCGCAUCAGCUUUCAAGAAGCCCGACGUGCUCGAUAUUCUGGCUGGAAAGAAGACAUCAGCUCGUAGUGCUAAAACGCCUACAUCUGGUGCAGCGGAGAGAGUCAUUGGCCCCCUGAAUGUAUUUAGCGUGAGUGUGCCUAAGGGCGACGAGAAAAGGGGCCGUGUGUUCCUUGAACGCGUCAAGACAGUGUUGGAGGUCGAACCUGGCCGGUUGGUCGUCUAAGAGACGCUGUUUUGUGGUUAUAUAGUGUCUGUAUAUUACUGAAUCCAUAAGCUCAUGAUUGGCGGUGACGCUGUG